AGCCACUGCAACAGUUAUCAUCGGAGCAGGAGGAGCGGAGUGGUGGUUGUCCGCUUGUCAAGAACCGUGACGGUCCACGGUGGAACGCCGCUCCGCGCUGUGAGUUCAACAGAAAACCGCGACGGAAGGUGAGAAGAGGAAUGAAUAUCGGUGGGAAACUGCGGUGAGUCGUGUCGAAGGAGGAGAAAGUGGCCGCGGUGCCAGCAGGGCAGCGAGCCGCCGUCGGUGAGCGAGCGAGCGAGAGAGAGAGAGAGAGCGGGAUCAUCAGCAGCGGGACCCGGGGCGGAAGGCUCGCUCCGGAAUACGCCUCAAGAUGGACCUGAAGCUGCUGCUGAUAUCAACACUGUUGGGAGUCUACUGCUACGCUCAGAAAGAGGGCAAUGAGUGCAUCAACGCCAACGCCAAAUACUGCGGGGAGUGCAUCCAGGCCGGAGCCAAGUGCGGCUGGUGUACAGACCCGGACUUCCUGGAACGAGGGGAGACUGUGUCCACCAGAUGUGACGAACUGCAGUCCCUGAAGAACCGAGGCUGCAAUGAGAACAUGAUCGAGAACCCACGGGGAGAACGCAAGACACUCAAGGACAAAAAGGUGACCAACCGCCAAAAGGGAGCCGAGAAACUGAAACCAGAAGAGAUCACUCAGAUCCAACCUCAGAAAAUCAGCCUCAAACUGCGAUCUGGCGAGCCCCAGUCUUUCAACCUCACGUUCAAACGGGCAGAAGACUACCCCAUCGACCUUUACUAUUUGAUGGACCUCUCAUACUCCAUGAAGGACGACCUGGAGAACGUGAAGAACCUGGGCACUAGUUUAAUGCUGGAGAUGGAGAAGAUCACAUCUGACUUUCGGAUAGGUUUUGGUUCUUUUGUGGAGAAAACCGUGAUGCCCUACAUCAGCACGACCCCAGCUAAGCUGUUGAACCCUUGCACGGGCGAUCAGAACUGCACCAGCCCCUUCAGCUACAAGAACGUCCUGAAACUUACCAGUGACGGUAAAAAGUUCAACACGCUGGUGGGCCAGCAGCACAUCUCUGGAAACCUGGAUUCCCCUGAGGGAGGGUUCGACGCCAUCAUGCAAGUGGCUGUGUGUGGGGAGCAAAUCGGAUGGAGGAAUGUGACUCGUCUGCUGGUUUUCUCCACCGACGCCGGCUUCCACUUUGCAGGCGAUGGCAAACUUGGAGGCAUCGUGCUGCCCAACGAUGGCAAGUGUCACCUGGAGAACAACAUGUACACCAUGAGCCACUAUUAUGACUACCCUUCUAUUGCUCACCUGGUUCAGAAGCUGAGUGACAACAACAUUCAGACCAUAUUUGCGGUGACAGAGGAGUUCCAGCCAGUUUACCAGGAGCUGAAAAAUCUGAUACCAAAGUCAGCGGUCGGCACGCUCUCCGCCAACUCCAGCAACGUGAUCAACCUCAUUAUUGACGCUUACAACUCUCUCUCUUCUGAGGUGAUUUUGGAGAACAGCAAGCUUCCAGAGGGAGUGACCAUCUCAUAUACUUCCCGCUGUAAGAACGGAUUGGUGAGCGAAGGAGAAAAUGGACGGAAGUGCUCCAAUAUCUCUAUUGGGGAUAAGGUAACGUUUUCCAUCAGUGUGACGUCUCAGGGCUGCCCAAAACAAGGCAAGCCUGAGACGAUAACAAUCAAGCCGCUCGGAUUCACCGAAGAGGUGGAGAUCACCCUGAACUUCAUCUGUGAGUGUGAGUGUCACAAGGACGGCGUGAAGGACAGCGAGGUCUGCUUCUUUGGUAAUGGGACCUUCGAAUGUGGCGCCUGCAAGUGUAAUGAAGGGCGAGUGGGCCAGUUAUGUGAGUGCAGCAGUAAUGACGUCGCCACUGAGGAUAUGGACCGAACCUGCCGCAAAGACAACGGUACCGACGUCUGCAGCAACAAUGGAGAGUGUGUGUGUGGCAACUGUGAAUGUAAAGUGAGGGAUAACCCGGAGGAGAGGUACAGCGGUCAGUACUGCGAGUGCGACAACUUCAACUGUGACCGCUCUGGAAACAAACUGUGCGGAGGUCACGGCCGCUGCGACUGCAGGGUGUGUGUCUGCGACGAGAACUGGACCGGAAGUGCCUGUGACUGCUCUUUGGACGUCAGCACGUGUAUGGCCAGCAACCAGGCCAUUUGUAACGGCAGAGGAGUCUGCGAAUGUGGCACUUGUAAGUGCACUGACCCCAAGUUUCAAGGCCCGACCUGCGAAACAUGCCCCACCUGUCCUGGAGUGUGUUCUGAACUCAAAAACUGUGUCAUCUGCCGGGCGUUCGGGACCGGGAUGACUAAGGAGAAGUGUGAGGAAGAGUGCAGCCACUUCAAACUGAUCAAGGUGAAGGACCGGGAAAAGCUGCCCCAACCCAACGACGACGUCUACCCUGUGAUGCACUGCAAGGAGCGCGACGCCAAUGACUGCUGGGUCUACUACACCUACGCCGUGAAGAACAACACAGAGAAGGUGGUCCACGUGGUGGAAAACCUGGACUGCCCCUCUGGGCCUGACAUCAUCCCCAUCGUGGCGGGCGUCGUCGCCGGGAUCGUCCUGAUCGGCCUCGCUCUGCUGCUCAUCUGGAAGCUGCUGAUGAUUAUCCAUGACAGACGGGAGUUCGCCAAGUUUGAGAAGGAGAAGAUGAACGCAAAGUGGGACACGGGCGAAAACCCCAUCUACAAAAGUGCCGUCACAACUGUGGUCAACCCCAAAUACGAAGGCAAAUGAUGAACUCUCCCAUCCAGCAUGGAACGACUGCAGUAUUCUCCUUCAGUUUGGGCUCUGAGGGACAUUUAUUUUAUCGAUUCUUCAUGUCGCUUCAACAUUAUAACACACACGGCAUCUGUAUUUUUACUAACACGUUUAUAUGCUUUUCGUGGUAUUUUAGAUGUACAGUAUGUGAAUAUAUAUUUUUGCUGGAGUCAUUGCUGCCAAAGGACUUGAGGCGGAUGAUUUUUUUUUUUUAUCAACCCAAUGUGCGUAAAAGUAAUGUCGGCCUUCUCUCUCCUGGCAUCCGUGUGUGCACUGACGUCCCCGUGUGUGUUUCUGUGUCCAGGCAGGACCUGAGGAGUUUAAUAUGUAUAUCGUCAGAGUGGGUAGUUCGACUUAUACAGGUGUGUAUAUAGUGAAACCACAGAAAGAUUUAAGAGUCGGUUGAGACAAGAAGGGUUUAAUCAUAUUGCUGUCAACUAUUCAUGACUGUUUUUUCUUAGGGUACUUGUUCUAAACGCAAACGCAAAACCUACUCGUAUUCAUGUAGCAACCAGUGUUGAAAUGACUCACAUGAAAUCAUCGUACAUAUAAUGUAUUGUGAUGAAUAUGUAAUCUUAUUAAGAGAUUAGACAAAUCAUAAAUAGUUUUAUGAGAACAAUGAAAUAUUAUCAUGUCAUCAACAUGUGUUUACUACAAAAUUCAACAUGACAGAUACUGUAAAGAACAUUCUUUGAAUCACCUCAGAGCCACUGGAAAGAUUCUAAAACAUACUAGCAUAACAUGUUAAACAUCAAUAGUCACUCUUGUGUUGAUAAAAUCUUCCUUUAAGUUACACAGAGUACAGACAGGAAAUGUGUGGGUAAUUUGCCAUUAAUCCUGAGUUAACUCACAUCCAAUGCGAUUCAUCGCAAUGAAAAUUUUUAAUCUAUUGCCAGCCCUAGAAGUCAUCAAACUUCAGUUUAUUCUAUGUUUUUGUUUUUAUAUUCAGUCAGAUUACAGAUUUUUGAAUAGCCUGUGUUGUUUAUUCUUACAUAGUAAUGAUGAUCUUCUGAUGUCAAAACAUAAGAGACAUCUGGCUACACAUAAUAAUACCAUACUCUCAAAAAGCAGAUGCAUGUUGAUGAAUAACUAGCCCAUGAAUGUUUGUGUGCUGUUGCUACUGUUAGCAAUAACUUGAGGAUGCUAAUGACGCCGCUAAUUUAUGACACAAAUAUUUACACACGUGUUAUGUGUGAGUUAUGUAGGGAACUUUAAACAGUAUUUUAACUGGUGAAGAGCAAUAUCUGUAUUGCUCAGUGGAAACGAAGUGUAUUUUACAAAAAGAAUCCUUCACAGAAUUUAAAACAAGCGAUGUCCUGUUCACUCUGUGACGCACCGGUGUGGGUAACUUAUUUGUUACAAGUAUAUAGAUCAAAGUAAAAUUGUUUUGUGACGUCAUGGUGCAGUGUGACCAGUUUCUUCUUGGUCACAACAUGCACACCUAUCAAGCGUUCUGUAUUUUGAAGGUUUUAGGAAGCGAUUUAAAUGUCAGCUCAGAUUGUGUGAUCGCAAAGGCACAGUGUUCCACUUGUCACAGAUGGUUAAUUGUUGAGUUAUUUUCAUCGCUAAGCGGACAUGAUGUACUGACUAACUAUAAUGACUUUAUUACUCUCAGGUCCUCUCCUGUGUUUUUGUCUCUGGCAUCGAGUAUGUGUCUUUCUGUCGGCUUCUGUAGCUUCCACUCUUCAUUGCAAGUCCUGCGUCACAUACACACCCACUCAUGCUCCAUGUUGCCAAGUGCCUUGUCUUUCAUGCCCCUUCCCCCGACCACCCUGCUGUUAUUUAUUAAAUAAAGUACAAAAUGUGUUUCUGA